AUAAUAUGAAUUCUAACCCAAACCUGAUACGGAACUCAACGAUUGUGUGGCGUCGUUUUGCUAUAGAAAUUAAGGGCCGGAGGCCGGAGCAGAUAUAUACGCUGCACCUACUACACAAACACAGUCAGCUAGGCGCAGCUAGCAAUUUCUCUCUUGGUUUGGUUGCAUUGCAUGCCCCCCGGCCGGCCCCUUCACACACGCAUAGCACAGUCGCAUGUGGAAGCUGAAGGUGGCGGCGGAGGGCGGCGGCGGCCCCUUGCUGCGCUCGACGAACCGCUUCGUCGGGCGGACCGUGUGGGAGUUCGAGCCUGACCUCGGCACGCCGGAGCAGCGUGCCGAGGUGGAAAAGGCGCGCCGGGACUUCUCCGACCACCGCUUCCAGCGCAGGCAUUCUGCCGACGUCCUCAUGCGCAUGCAGAUGCAGUAUUCAAAAGGCACCCCUCUUAAGCUGGACCUUCCUGCUGUCAAGAAGCUGGGGGAGGACGAAGACGUUACGGAGGAAGCUGUAUCGACCUCUUUGAAACGGGCUAUCAACCGCGUCUCUGCUCUCCAGGCGCACGAUGGCCACUGGCCUGGCGAUUGUAGUGGCCCUCUCUUCCUUUUGCCAGGCUUGAUUAUAACGCUGUAUGUGACCGGAGCAUUGAACGCGGUUCUAUCUUCAGAACACCAGAGGGAGAUACGCCGCUAUCUCUACAACCAUCAGAACGAAGACGGAGGGUGGGGGCUGCACAUGGAGGGCCACAGCGCAAUGCUGGGCACAACCCUCAACUACGUUGCUCUGAGACUGAUCGGCGAGGGCCCGGACAGUGGUGGAGAUGAUGGAGCAGCCAUGGAGAGAGGCCGCAACUGGAUCCUACAGCGCGGUGGGGCAACCUAUACAACGUCGUGGGGCAAGUUCUGGCUAACGGUGCUCGGAGUAUACGAUUGGUCUGGUAACAACCCGCUGCCACCAGAAAUGUGGCUGUUGCCCUAUCACCUGCCUUUCCACCCAGGUCGCAUGUGGUGUCAUUGCCGAGCGGUGUACUUGCCCAUGUCUUACGUCUAUGGGAAGAGGUUUGUUGGGCGUAUUACACCACUUGUCUUGGAACUCAGAAAUGAACUCUACGGAGACCCAUACAGUCUGAUUGAUUGGAACAAGGCUCGAAACCAAUGCGCAAAGGAAGAUUUGUACUAUCCACAUUCAUUCCUUCAGGAUGUCUUAUGGGCCACUCUCCAUAAGUUUGUUGAACCGGUUAUGAUGCAUUGGCCUGGGAUCAAAUUUAGGGAGAUUGCUUUGCGCACAGCCAUGCGCCACAUUCACUAUGAAGAUGAGAGCACUCGAUACAUUAACCUUGGUCCUGUAAACAAGGUAUUGAAUAUGCUUGCUUGUUGGAUUGAAGACCCAAACUCAGAGGCAUUCAAGCUCCAUGUUCCUCGAAUUUAUGAUUAUUUGUGGCUUGCUGAAGAUGGUAUGAAAAUGAAGGGUUAUAAUGGCAGCCAACUAUGGGAUGCAGGUUUAACAGUUCUGGCAAUUGUGAAUACCGAUCUUAUUGAAGAGUUUGGUCCAACUCUUAAACUAGCACAUGCCUUUGUUAAGAAUUCACAGAUCAUUGACAACUGCCUCGAAGAUUUGAACCAGUGGUAUCGCCACAUGUCAAAAGGUGGAUGGCCAUUUUCUACAGCUGAUCAUGGUUGGUGUGUAUCAGAUUGCACUGCAACAGGACUAGAGGCAACUCUAUUGUUAUCAACGAUUUCUCCUCAAAUAGUUGGUGAGGCGAUGGAAGUUGGUAGAGUUUAUGAUGGUGUAAAUUGUCUCAUUUCUCUUAUGAACAAUAAUGGUGGAUUUGCAACAUUUGAACUUACAAGGUCAUAUGCAUGGUUGGAGCAUAUUAAUCCUUCCGAGACCUUUGGAGGCAUAAUGAUCGAUUACCCGUAUGUUGAAUGCACGUCGUCGUCAAUUCAAGCUCUAGCUUUGUUCAAGAAACUCUACCCAAGGCAUCGUACGGAAGAGAUAGACAGUUGUAUCAGCAAGGGUGCAAACUUCAUCGAGAGUAUGCAGAGAAAUGAUGGUUCAUGGUACGGCUCUUGGGGUGUUUGUUUCACCUACGCCACAUGGUUUGCAGUGUUUGGAUUGGCUUGUGCUGGUCGGACAUUCGAGGACAGUCCUGCAAUUAAAAAGGCAUGUGAGUUUCUGUUGUCAAAAGAGCUUCCUUCUGGUGGCUGGGGAGAGAGCUACUUGUCAUGUCAGGACAAGGUUUACACAAAUCUCGAAGGCAUGCGACCUCACGCGGUGAACACUAGUUGGGCAAUGCUGGCCCUAAUUCGUGUUGGACAGGCUGAAAGAGAUCCAGCACCAUUGCAUCGGGCAGCUAGGGUUUUGAUCAACUUACAGUCAGAGGACGGAGAAUUUCCACAGCAAGAGAUCAUUGGAGUGUUCAACCAAAAUUGCAUGAUCGGUUACUCCCAAUACAGAAACAUCUUCCCUAUAUGGGCUCUAGGAGAGUAUCGUACCAAGGUCCAUGUUCCAAGGAAGAAAUAGCCAAUAUGCUUAUGAUAUAUUCAACGUGGUGCGAAAAAUGCCAUGUACUACACAUCUUGUGCACUCUCGUUAUCUAGCUAGUACCUUAAUUUUUUUUAUAACCGUUGAUCUAUCCUUUUUGCAUUUUCUACAAUAAACUCAACGGUUAUUCAAGAAUGGUAGUGCUGUGAACCGUUGAUCCAACUCUUUUUUCCUCUACAAAAAGGUGCACAAAAACUAGUACCAUGUACCUGUAAUAUUGCAAUAAGAUAUGAUUUAAUGUGCUCA